GCUUGGGCCACCUGUGCAGACUCUGACUAUCACAACAGCAGCGAAGUCCUAGGAACUAGUCAGCCAAAUAAUUUCAUCAUGGCGGAUGUUGAGGAGUCACUUGGUAUCGGCGAAUCUCUUUCGGUCAACAACGAUCAAAUAAACGAUAUUAUCGCUUCAUUACCUGAGGAAGAAAGGGUUUCAAAGAAAGAUGACUUGAAAGAGGAGAAGAAAAUACUCACUGAAGAAGAUCCCGAAGACCAAAUAUCGUCUCCACCUGAAAGUUUGCGAGUGUCCGACGUCCGUAUGGCAAGCAAACAAACAGGCGAAUUAGCGACAACGAACGGUAUUAAGCUGAAUGGAGAUGCUACAGAGGAAAAGUUACCAAGGGAAGAAAAUGUAUUAGUAUCAGAAAAAGACGAUGAUAUGUUUUCAAAAAAAUUGGAACAAGAAUCGAAUUUAGAACUGCCAGAUACCAAGUCUGAAAGUAAUAAUACUAGUUCAGCUGUUUCUUUUGAGAGUUCUCAUGCUGACGGAGGAAGUCACAGGUCUCCGGACAGAAAAAGUAAGGCUGAAUACAGAAAGAUCAAGAGUGAAGUGACCGGCGAGGGUGAAACGUCAGAAAGUGAGGAUGAUGAUGAAACGACAGAAAAAAACGCCUCAGCACAUGCCAUGGAUCAGGAGGCAGACACGUGGAUGGAUUUAUUAGGAAAUGGACUAUUGAAGAAACGGGUAAUCACAAUGCAUUCUAUUUAUUCGGAUUGCUCUCAUUAUAUGCACAGAUCAAGACCGGUUUCCACCAUUUAAAAGAAAACAGUUCAAUGGGGCAUCUGUAUUUAUCUGCACCCCUAUCACCCAAUCUGCAGAGUAUGGCAGGUGCACACGCAAGUUUUUUAAAUAAUAUAUAAGAAAUAAGGGCCUAAAAAUGGCCUUGCAUGUGUAGAUCUCAUCGAGUUCUGUCAUACUCUGCUGACAGGUCUUUCACCAACGCCACCCCUAUGGAAGGCGGGAUUCUGACAGAUUGUCCUUGUCCAAAUUCAGAAUCUGAUCUCCCUCCCCCAUCCCCCGCCCCCUCCAAUAUAGGAAUGAGUUAGAGACUUGAACACCUCCUCCAUAGNUGUGUAGAUCUCAUCGAGUUCUGUCAUACUCUGCUGACAGGUCUUUCACCAACGCCACCCCUAUGGAAGGCGGGAUUCUGACAGAUUGUCCUUGUCCAAAUUCAGAAUCUGAUCUCCCUCCCCCAUCCCCCACCCCCUCCAAUAUAGGAAUGAGUUAGAGACUUGAACACCUCCUCCAUAGUGGAAGUGAUUCUAAAGGUCUUGUGGACAUGCAAAUAAAAAUUUUUUUAAAAAAACUACUCCUUAAAGUUAUUAUUUUUAUUAAUGAAAAAAUUUUACUGACAACAAUGCUAACUAUUAAAAUCCUAUUUACAAUUAAUUCACUUGAAAAAAAAAAAACUAUUCAUUCAAAACACUAUUUACAAUUCCUGUUGAUUUAAAAAGCACUUAAUUUAGCUUAGAAAGAGUUAAUUUAACUAAGAAAAAUUUAUUCAAAUUAAAAACAUUUCAUUUCAAUAAAAAAAAAACUGUCAGCCUCUAAAAUUCAAAAGUUUCUUUCAACUGUUAAAAAAAACAGAAAUAAUAAUAAUAAUAAUUCUAGUACCUCUUAGUGAUUGUAAAACUGACAUAUGAAUCCAAAUAAUUUUCACGAUUCUGACAGGGUCCAUUUUGCACCUCACUGAAAAUACCUUCCGUUGUCAGGGUGUAGAUAAAACCUGGCAUGUUACAGUUUUUGACAAAAAAGGAAAUGACUUGUUAAAAGUUAAAAUAAACAUGUUUUCUGUUUUGUCAGCUGUGAUCUUUGCUAGAAGUUUACACCUUUGGUGCAUGAAAAAGUCAUGUUUCUCCUUUUGAUUCAUCCAUGGACUACUCCACCCCCUUUUAGUACAAAAUGCGGUAUAGUCGUGCUUUGAAUAUGAGGGAUUCUAUUAGAAUGAAUUUAAUCACCCAAGUUCGAUAUAUUAAAAUUCUUACUUGAAUCCAAAGUUUUAGGGACAUAAUUGCAAAUUUUUCAUGACUCCAUUAUCUUACAAUUCUUAGAAGAGACUUGAGCUCAAAUAAAACCAAAUCAAAUGUAAACAAAAUAACCAGCAAACCUCAGAUUCGUCUUAGAAUUUUAAUACAUUGAACAUGGGCUAUUGACAGGAGAGGUUAAUCAGUGUUAACAUGACAUUAAAAGGUGUAAAUUUAAUUCAAGUACAGGUGGUAAUAUGUGACAUGUUGCCAGAGGGAAGUGUUGGAUGCAUCAGCUUCAUGGCCUUGAAUAUUGAAGUACAACUCAUGUAGAAGAAUUAUGUAGGAGAAGGUCACUUCAGCCAAAAGCCCCAAGUAGAAUGCAUCACUUAAGAGAGUGGAAAACCUUCAAUCUGUCCAUCUAAUAAAUAGUGUCUAUUAAACAAAGUUAUUUGUCAGGGCAGGCUUAAUUCAUUUACUCUGGAAUAAUCCGUUAAAACAAAUGGUUUUCUUCGUUGUGUAACAUCUCAGAUACUGAAAGAAGGAAAAGGGAGAGAUACCCGACCAGACAAAGGCCAAGUGGUUACUCUACAAGUAGCAGGACAUACAGAAGAUGGUAAAGCUGUUGACUGGAACAGAAGUCUGGAAUUUAUCCUUGGUGAAGGAGAGGUCAUUCAAGGUUAGCCCUAUGACAACUUUUCAAUUUUUUUAUUCUUCUUACAAAUACAAUUAAUAUUUCUUCAUUUUCCACUUUCAUGCAAGUGUGAUAAUAUUUUAACACAUAUUAUGUUAUUUUCUUACUCCAUUUAAGAUUUUAAAAGGCUAUAACUAUUUGCAAAAGGCUUGAGACAAAGUCUAACUUGUUGUUAAACAGAGUACAUAAGACUACCUCCCUUAUCUACCUCCCUUGUAUCACUGCAAGAUCAUGGUGUUCAUAGCUUGAACAAAUAACUCUGAAUGGGAAGAGGAAGGGGGCUGUGGAUUGCGCACUUAAUUAUUGGAUCUGCAUUGAAGUGAAAAGUGUUUUGUUUCUUCUUUUUUUAACUGGUUGUCGCUUUUCAUGGUUUCUAAGAGAUACAACUUACAUUAUAUUAUCAUUAUAUUUUCAGCCUUUGACCUAGCAGUAGCUUUGAUGGAGUUGGAGGAAGUGUGUGAACUUGUAACAGACUCCAGAUAUGCCUAUGGGAAAGCUGGAAAGUAUGUUGUUUUUGUUUGUUUGUUUGUUUUCUUUCUUUGUAACACUGACAUGUAACUGUAUCUCUUCUUUAUCUGGGUGAAAUAUAUGCUGCGUAAUACCUACAUAAAUGCAAUACUAGAUAUGACGGAAUUGUAAACUGAUACCCUUGAAUUGCACCUGUGGCUCGAUCUUCUAAAUGAAAAGAAAUACAGGAGCCUUUAACCCUUCAAAGAGAUUUAUGAAUAAAUCAGAGCUCAUUGUUUUCUAGACCAGAGGCAAAUCCACCUAUUCCAGCCGAUGCUAAACUGACCUAUGAGUUACACCUGUUAGCGGUACGAGAUGGUCCUAAUAUCACAAACAUGACUGACGAGGAGCGAAUCACCAUUGGGUAUGUCAGUAGGCCAUGAAGUCAGAACGGUUUUAAACGUUGUCUCCAUAUAUACUGAUGUAUAGGCCAAGGAAUAGACUAAAACACUGCGGUCAGUGCUGUUUUAGAAAAUGCCCACUAAUUGAUGGAGGCAAACAUUGCGGUGGGAAGGCCUUCUGAUAGGCUGGAAAAACUGUUAGGAUGGAAUUUCUGGGUUGUGGCAUAAUGCAGUGAAUUUGGCAAAUUCUCUGAAGUAGAGUGGCCAUGAUAGAACACUUACUAAUAUUAUCUAAUAUUAUCAGAAGAAGUUUUGCAAUUAUUGGAACUCUAAGAGAUAAUUAUCAGGAAUAAGAGGUUGUUUCAUUAUUUGUAUUUGAAGAUUUUGCAGACAGCUUACUAGAUUUUAUGCUCUGUUGUCUCUGAUCCAUAAGUAACACGUUUUGAGGAAAAAGAGAACAAAACUUAAAAGUCACAGAAAAGUUUGUAUGUCAACAGUAUUAUUGCCUGCCUUAUUUCCAGGGAGAAAAAGAGAGAAAUUGGUAAUAAUCUGUACACUGGAGGAGACUAUGCUGGGGCUAUUAACAGUUAUCAGAGGUAAAUUUGCUCUCAACUUCCUCCUCAUCAUCAUCUUGAUCUUUGCAUCCAAUUUCAAAUUGCCCAAAUCUGCCCACCAGUUUCAUCACUGAUAGCAAAAUUACUCUUAGAUUGUCUUUGCCUAAUGAAUCAAAAUAUAAUUUCUUGCCUUGCAUUUUGUGUUUUCUUGGAAAUCAGAAAAUACGAACACAUCUAUUACACUCAGAAAAGAAAUUCUUUAACUUUGACCACUGUUAUACCAUUGAAUAAAUUGUAGCAACUAAGGCCGUUAGCCUGACCUUUAUUAUUGUAAUUUUACAGAAAGAGAAUGACACAUGAAAUAGCUAAAUGUUCUGGACCUCCUUUGUUAUUUUAGGGCUAUAAAAUACCUCUCAACGUCUACUGCUGAGGUUGGUUUGUUUAUUUGUUUAUUUAUCAACGAUAAUCAUUUCAUUUGUGCAUAUUCAUGUACCUUACCAAUAUAGUACCAAGGAUUAAAAACAAACUUAACUUACAAGGGAAUAAAAUUAAUAAUGUUUUAAACAUUAGGACACUGGAGCUUGGCCCCAGAUUACUGGUUUUCAAAGGUUCUUGGCUUGUGAAAAUGUGUGCUACUGUGUGAAAAAAGAGAAAGUGAUGAUAAUAAUUCUUAUUAUUUCAUUUUAUCUAAUAGCAAGUUCAAAUCUUGCGGGUAAAGUGCUGGAAUAACAUGGCAGCUGCCCAGUUGAAGGUAAGAAUAUAUUAUAUAAUAAACUUAAUUCAAAAGUUGAAAGAGCUGGUUAACAUAAGCAAUUUGUACAAUUUUCAGCUCUUUGCAAGCAAUAUUGAAGAAAAUAUUAUUCAGUCAUUAAAAACUUCAAAAUUGUUGCAAAAGAAAAAAGUUAAUGGGCCGUACAUCAAGGAGCUCAGUACUCAGAACCUGUGAAUUCUAAAGUGCCCAGCAUUAGAUUUUUAUGAAACAACUAAGAUAUUUGAGUUGGGCUGGAGCAAAAGUUAGGUGCCAGGAGCCACAAGGUGCUGGUAGUGCACAGCCUUGAUGCAUUCCUGGUAAAAUUUUGAUUUUUAAAAGAAAUUUGUUAGAAAAAUGGUGCAUUGGGCUCAAAUUUUCAGAGAUAACUAGUAAAUAUUGCUAUGUUCUUACUAGAUUCAGAGAUGGUAUUUUAAUAGCUUGAUAGGAAAAUGAUAAGCAUACCAUAAAAUUUCGAAAAUAAGCCCCGGGGCUUAUAUUUUUCAAAGGCCCUUUUUGAGGGGCUUAUAUUCAGAGUUGCAUAUCUACGGAGGGAAAUUUGCAUUUCAAAAUGGGCUAGCUUGUAGUGGGAAGGAAUUUACCAUUUUUGCUUCGUUUCACUUUGUAUUCGAGGGCAAAUUCCAUGUACAACCCCCAUGGGGGGGGCUUAUAUUCGGAGGGGCGACUUAACAGAGGGUUUUUUGCAUUACGAUUUUGGGGGGCUUAUAUUUGAAGGGGCUUAUACAUGGAGGGGCUUAUUUUCGGAAUUUUACGGUUGUCAAAAUGUUAUUGCUUGGUGUCUCAAGGUGAUACUUGAAAAAAAAUUUGAUUGAUGUAGGCAUUCAUUGAAUCUUAUUUUCCAGGUUAUUUCAAAUGUUAUUAAACACUGAUAACUUAGUUAAACCCUUGGUGUGAGUAAGGCAUAAAAAGUGGUUUUGUUGUUAUUGAGUAUACCACAACUAUUCUGUUUUAGAUAAAGGCUUAUUCUGCAGCAGAGAAAUCUUGCUCCCAAGUAUUACAAAUUGAUCCUGAUAAUGUCAAAGCCUUGUUUAGGAAAGGAAAGGUGUGUAAAAAAAAGCCUGAAUCACUUAACCAAAAAAAAAAAUUCAGUGAAAGGGAAGCUGGCCACCCUAGUUUGUAUACACUAAUUUCAGUUAGAGUGGUGAAACACAUCCAGUGCUUAUACAGUUUCUACAGGUAUAGGCCUGUAGCUCUGACAUAUUCAGUCAGUAUUGGACAAACAGUGUUAGACCAGCAGAAACUAAGGGAGCAAAUGAACCCCUCUCUUCAACUACUUAAAAUGAUGUGGAAAAUCUAUGAUCAGAGUGAAAAGUUAUCAGUUGUUGAUCAUAAAUUAUGUUUGCUUCAAAAAUGAUAGAUCUUCCAGAAACCUUUGGUAAAAUUGCCUAUACCAUAAUUUUCAGACCAAGGCCAAUGGUGGAAAUAUUAUCAUUUAUUUGGGAGUAACACCUUAUGUUGAUAAUUUUUACCUAGCGGUGUCUUUGUUGGAUAGAGGUGUUCACCUUAUCAAUCUUUUGCUCACCUUAUCCAUCUUUUGCCAUUCCUGUUCAGGCUCCAGUUGUUGAAAAGUUGGAUAGUUCUUUUCACCCUAUAAAUCUCUAUCCACUUGUUAGUGCAAUUUCCCUUAUCCACGGGAUAGAGAUUUAUCCGAUGGAUAGCACUACCCACCUUUUCAGCAACUGGGGCCAGUUGUUUAAGUACUGUUUAAAACAUGAAUAUUAGUGUAUUAUCAGGUUUCAAAACUCGAGGCAAAGAUAAUACAUGACUGCAAAUAUUUUGAAGGGCUUCAAAAUCUCUGAUAUAGAUUACCCCAUUCUUGCACUAAUAUUUAGAUUUGGGGUUAUUUUGGUCGAAAAAAUUGGACGUAAAGUUUAGCCGUGUCUAAGACACUCAUUAAACACUAAAUUCUUUUGUUUUUUUUUCCUUAUAUAUUACUAAUGAGUUUUGUAAAUUGUAUUGUAAAUCGUAAUUUGUUUACCCACGGAUCACUAAGGAGUUCAAAAGAACUCGUUGAAACGUGUCCGUGCGUUCCAGAUCGAAUCGGAAUUUGAAAGUGUUGGUUUUAAGUACAGUAACAGUCAUGAAGACAGGAUGAUAUUUGGUUUCUUGUUUUUACUCUAAACAUACUCAGGUUCUAGCAGGAAAUGGUGAAACUGAACAAGCCCUUGUGUAUAUUAAAAAGGCAGAUCAGCUGGACCCCAACAAUAAAGUAAGUUUAAAAUGGCUGAUUUUAGUUUUAGAAAGGUGUCUUCAAGCAAACUUAUCAAUGUCAGUUAGCUUUUGUUAUGGAUGGUAUUUCUCAGUAAAGACUCACUCUGGUCCCACUCUGGUCACUGGCUGGAUUUGACCCAAAGACGUGAUCACACUAGAUGAAUUUCACUGAUAUUUUCUUACUCCUUUCAGACAAUCCGUGGAGAACUUAAUCGACUCAAACAGUUACUGGCAUCGGAAAAACGGAGUGAAAGAACUAUGUACCAGCGAAUGUUGGCUGAUAUGACUGGUGCGCAAGGAAACAAGAAAAAUAAACGAACGGUAAGUGCUGCAUUGAUAUUACUGCUUGCAAAAGCUCUGUAG